AUGCUGAAAACCGCCCUCGUUGUCAGCCUGAAGGCUGUGUCCAAGAUCGUGCUUAUCUGUGCGGGCGGCGCCUACUUGGAGAAGAGUGGUGUCCUUCACAAGGAGAUGCGAAAAGGCGUGUCGGAGGCUUUCGUCAAGCUGCUUUUGCCAUGCUUGCUCUUCACCCGUAUCUUGCCGACGAUGUCUGUGGAGACAUUGCCGAAGCUGGCAUGGCUUGCCAUGGCGAACCUUUUGUAUGUGUCACUUGGGCUACUGAUAGGAUAUUUGAGCACUCUGCUCACAAAGCCGCCACGAGGCUUGCGCAGAGUCUUGAUGGCGACUCCUGCUAUUGGGCACGCAAACUCCAUCCCUUUCAUGCUCGUCUCGUUGAUCAUCGCAGAGGAUCCGGCCUUCAAUCCAGACGAUACCAACACAGCACAGGGAUAUGUUGGUCUGUAUUUGGUUAUGCACAGCAUCACCCUGUGGGGUGUUGGAAUGAACGUGAUCAAGAAGGAGAAGGAAGAUGAGCCUCCACUAGCUGAGACCACGGAAACCCAAACUCCACAAACUCUGGGUCGACCAGCCAGUAUCUCGGCGCCUUCCCAGAGCACCGGUGGUCCAAACAUGAGCGAGGCACGUGAAGAUCGAUGGUCUCAUUCCAUCUCCGGCUUGGAACUCGGCUCCCCUGUUACGAACGGCGGGCCCAACACGAAAAAUCAGCGCUUCUCUUGUGAUCCACGACCUCUGCAGAGGUUUGUCCCAAAGUGGGUCAAUCGGCCCAUGGCCACAGCAGUGCUCACUGCUCUCGUCGGGCUCAUCCCGGGCUUGGAAGAACUGCUGGUGCCGGCUUCUGCCCCGUUGAACUUCCUGUUCGGAGCUAUGAACACUUUGGGAUCUGCAGGGCCUGCCGUUAGCUUGCUGGCAGUCGGGGCCAACUUCGUCGCAGACGGCUUUCCACGCCCAUCGGUGAUCGGCUACGCACCGAUGUUUGCUUUGAUUGUGGGCAGACUUUUGAUUCUUCCGGGAUGCUGUAUUUCAUUAUGGGUCGCCCUCCGACAUUAUGCACCGUUCUUUCCAUCUGAUCCGCUCUUGAUGCUGGUGAUGUGUAUCGAGUGCUGCACACCCACGGCGUACAACUUGGUGACCGUCUGCAUAUUGAAUGGUGUCGGUGCCAGGGAGUUGACGGCAGGUUUGUUUUACCAAAACAUCGUUGCUAUUUUUGCGCUCACUGCGUGGACGACUGUCAUUGUCUCUUUUGUCAUCUAA